UCGGUGUCGUCAGAGAUAGUAACGCUCAAGCCUCGAGCAAAGCGGUGGUGUUAAUUAGCCGAGAACAGUCGGAUAAGAGUGGCGUUCGGAAGUUUGAAUUGCGCCGUUCUCGAACGCAUUUGAAAAAGUACGUUUGCCCGAGUACGAGCGCAUGUGUUCUGCCGCUGUGGCUGCUCGCAUUGUGUGCUCCAAAUUUUCGAGCUCCGAAACAUCAUCAUUCGACUAACCAGCGCUUUUUGGAGUUCCUCAUCGUUACGACCACCCAACCGUUAAGUCCGACUCAAUAUUGUCUUGAGUGGCUCAUUGGAAAAAAGAAAACGAAAAAAAUCGAUCACCGAGGAAGAGGCAAAAAAUGCUGGCUGCGCAAUUCUACCACGAGUGGCACUUGGGCACGCUGAUGGCUACACGAUUGCAGGCGUCGCGGGUGCCGCGUUGUCUGUUCGGGCCACCGAAUCAUCGCGAAACCAUGGAAAUGCUCCAAGAGGCGCUCAACGAGGAACGGGCCCGAUUUACCAAACGUUGGGGUGUCGAUCCUUGCGUCCCCGAGGACGAGGAGAAGGAGAACAAGGUCGUCGUUAACAACACGACGAGUGGCAAAGUCACCGCCGUUCGGCUUGCGAGCACGCCGAGUAAAAGACGUGCCGCUGCUGCCUGCCCGUACAAUAAGCAGACCAGCAUACAGGAUUACCUGCGAUCGACAAAGAACAGUCCCGCAAAGAAAUUCAGCUCGAGCGCACUCACGGAAAUCAAACACAACCAGCAGCCCCCGACAUCGCAGCAACACCUAAUGGACAAAAUGCUACUUCAGCCAUCGACGAAAUCGCUACAAGCUUCGAAAUUCGACAGGUCGAUUUGAAAUGUGCUUUUGCGCGAUGAACUAUGCGAAGUGUAUUUAUUACCUACGGUUGUGGAAAAAAAGAGAGAGAAAGGAAGAGAAACGUAAUUGGAGUUAUCGUUAAUGUGAGAGCUAUGAGCGAAUCGCUGUGUCCGAGCGAUAAAAUCAAUGUGCAU